GUUUAUUAGGUUUGACCAAUGUGUUAAUUUGGAAGUGUUGAACCAGAAACAGUAGAUUUUUGCAAUGGUCACAAUAAAAAUCCCAAAAUUCACAGGGUUGGAUGUAUUUAAAAUCUCUGGAGAAGAGGCAAAGCCGCAGGCAGACAAGUCUCCUUUAGUCAUCAUCCUUAAAAAAAUAUUGUCCAAAAGUAGACAAUCACAAGCAAUAUCGCCCUUGCAUUUCGCUGUCUUCUUCAUUCUCAGCCCCAACUCUUCUCCUCAAAUUAAUCCACCUUGCCCUACCUUCUCAGCUCGGGUGGCGAGUGGAGAUUCUCUCUCUUAACCUCUUCUUUUUCCACGGCCACCACCAUCACCGCCGCUGCCCCCACCAAAGUUCUUGUAGGAAAUAUAAUAACGAUAACCGACCAUCAUGAGUCACAAUGGGCACCCUCUUCAGCUUUUAGAGAUAAAUGUUAUAUCUGCUCAGGACUUGGCUCCUGUAUCCAAAUCCAUGCGUACCUAUGCAGUUGUUUGGGUUCAUGCUGAAAGAAAAUUGACCACCAGAGUCGAUCAGAGUGGCAACACUAACCCACAAUGGAAUGAGAAGUUUGUGUUUCGUGUUGAUGAUAAAUUCUUGAAUUCUGAAACCUCCGGUAUCAUGAUUGAAAUCUACGCAGCAGCUUGGCUCCGUGAUAUUCAGAUUGGUUCUGUAAGAGUUCUCACCAGCAACUUGUUUCCUUCUAAUAAUAAUAACUCGAAAAUGCGAUUUGUUGCCCUUCAGGUCCGCCGACCAUCAGGCCGGCCACAGGGAAUUCUGAACAUGGGCGUGCAGCUUCUGGACAAUACAAUGAGAAGUAUGCCUUUGUACACUGAGCUCAGUGCUUCUGCUGUUGGGCUCAAUGACCUUAUUGAUGCCAAGACCAAUAAACAGACCAUCGAAGAGAAGACGGCCAAAUUGCGCCGUACGCGGAGUGACCAUACUGAUUUCAGCACCAUGUUCGAUGAGUUUGGCUUGAAAGGAAGCUCCAUUGCUAAGUCAUCGGUGGUUAAUGGGAGUUCAUUGGUUAAUUAUUCCGCAGUAAAAUUCAACAGCAAAGAAAAAUUAGAUACUGGGAACGGCGGUAAUGGCAACGGAAGCAUGGUGAACGGAUCACUUUGCUCCGAUGUGGGUCCUUCGGCGUCUGUAGUGGCCGCAGCAAUUGCAAAAGGAUUGAUUAAACCACCAGGAAAUGAAGGUACUCAGACAAAAAGCGGAGGAAGCAGCUCCAUCAUUGAUGAUUGGACAGAAAACGAUAGCGUCGAAGGCCUAAGAACAAAGCUGGAGAGAUGGAAAGCAGAACUUCCACCGAUUUACGACAACGAUUCUAGUAAAAUGAUGUCAAAAAGCAGACGCAAACACCACCGGAGAAGAAAAUCGGAGGGGUUAUUUACAUGUUUUGGAAAUGUUUUGGGAUGUGAGAUAUCGAUUACUUGUGGAGGAGGCAAGAAGAAGCAUGGAAAGAAGGUUCGUCACUGGAGUUCUUUGGAGAGUGGAUCAUAUUUGUGAGAAAGAAAUUGAUCAUCUGGAAAACAACAAGCUGAACCCAACAGGAAAUUAAUUAGAAGUUGAUGAAGAUUGCAAAAUGUGGAAUAUGUAUAUGCUGAUGGAUUAAUGGAUUUAAAGGGGGAGAUAUCACUGUGCAGCCUGCAGUAGCCAAGGCCAAGGGUGAGUGUAGAAUCUGAGGAUGCGCAUUGGUGAGGAAGGAUAGGAAGAUUAUCACAGUUUUUUUCUUUUUUUUUUUAAUCAUUUUAUAUGUUCUUUCCAAGAAAACAUGCAAAUAUAAUCCUUGAAAUAUUAAAACGAAUUG